AUGAAAUAUCCUGACGAUCACAUGCAUGAGUUGAAGACUCAGGAAGGAAGUAUUAAAGAAUUAUUGAGAGAACAAACACCAAUCAAAGGAUUUCCCAACAUUAAAAACUUUUAUGCUGGUCGGGAAAUUUUUAUCACGGGUGGAUCGGGUUUCAUUGGAAAAGUGUUGAUAGAAAAGCUUUUGAGAUCAUGUCCUGAUAUCAAAUUAAUUUACAUUCUUAUUCGUCCUAAACGAGGAGAGUCAAUUGAAGAACGAUUAAAUAAACUCGUCGAGUUAAAGCUUUUCGAUGCAGUUCGAAAAUUGAAUCCAAAUUUUGCAUCAAAACUCGUUCCAAUUGCUGGUGAUGUGGCAGAAUUAAAACUUGGAUUAUCGAAUGAAUCAAUUCAACUUCUAAGAAAUGUUUCAAUUAUAUUUCAUUCUGCUGCAACUGUUCGUUUCGACGAUUCAUUGAAAUAUGCUGUGCUAAUGAACACUCGUGGAACUCGCGAGCUCAUGGAAUUUGCUACAACGCUCGUCAAUUUGAAGGUCUUAAUGCAUGUUUCGACAACUUAUAGCAAUGUGUACACUCACACGCUGGAAGAGAAGCUUUAUCCUCCAGCAGCUGACUGGCGAAAAACUAUUGAGAUAUGUGAGAAAAUGGAUGAAGAUCAACUUGAUAAAUUUACCCAACAUUACAUCAACUUCAUGCCGAAUACUUACGUGUUCUCAAAGAAUCUUGCUGAACAUGUUUCGAAUAAUUACAAAAAUAAACUUCCGAUUGUGUUAUUCAGACCUUCAGUCGUUAUUUGGUCUCAGAAAGAACCUUUCCCGGGUUGGGUCGAUAGUGUUAAUGGACCUAUGGGAAUAUUGUUGGUAUCGGUAUUAGGUCUUAGCAAGACAAUGUAUUGUGAUCCAAAAAACGUUCUUGACAUGAUGCCUGUUGAUGUAAUUGCAAAAGCAAUGAUUAUGAGUGCCUGGAAGCGUGGAAGUGAAGCUAAUGGCUCAUUUCCUGUAUACAACAGUGCAGCAGGAAAUAAAAAUAAACUCACAAUCAGACAAAUGCUUGAAAUUGGCAUCCAUGGAGUGUGCAAGGAAGUGGCACCUCAAAAAACGGUUCUAACAGCUAGUGGUGGUGUUACGCUUUGUAAAAGUUACAAUUUCAUUCGAUUGAUCCUAUUUCAAAUAUUGCCUGCAUUAUUUUUUGAUUUCAUUCUAAGGAUGAAAAUGAGGAAACCGAAAUUAAUGAAAAUUCAAAGAAAAAUGUUCGAAGCCAACAACGCAUUAUCAUAUUUUGUAACUCACAAUUGGAAUUUCAUCAACGAAAACUUUUGUGACUUAAAUUAUUUCUUACAUCCUGAAGACGUUUUAGAAUUCGAUUUUCGUACUGGUUUCACAUACGAUUCGAUACUUUUUAUUCGUUAUAGUUUGUUAGGAUUUCGUCGAUAUCUUCUCCAUGAAAAGGAUGAAAGUCUUCCUAAAUGUCGAAGAAGGUAUCAGAUUAUGAAAGCAACAUUUGAUGCAAUCUAUUGCUUUAUCUUCAUGCUUGCCUUUUACAUUAUUUUCUUCAAAUAUGAUAUUGUAAAAAUUCUCAAAAACAGUUUUGGAAUUGAACACAAAAGUGUAGGAAUAAAAAUAGUUUCAAAAAUGAUGCGCUUUUCGAAUCAUUCUAUGCAAUGCAUUAAAACCGAGGAUGAAAUUGUAAAUGAUUUGUUUACUGUCAAAGAACGAUUAGAACAUUUACCAGCAAUUUCUGAUUAUUACGCUGAUAAAGAGAUUUUCAUCACAGGUGGAAGUGGAUUUUUAGGAAAAGUUUUGAUUGAAAAGCUUUUAAGAUCGUGCAGUAAAAUCAAAACGAUUUACGUUCUUCUAAGACCUAAAAAAGGAAAGUCAAUCGACGAACGAUUGAAAGCAUUAAUUGAUUUACCUUUAUAUGCUCCCUUACGUAAAUUGAUGCCUGAUGUUUUACAUAAACUUAUUCCAAUAAAUGGCGACGUCACAGAAAUUGAACUCGGUCUGUCAAAAGUCGACAUUCACCGAAUGAGAAAUGUUUCGAUCAUUUUUCAUUCUGCUGCGAGUGUUCGCUUUGAUGACUCACUGAAAUAUGCUGUGUUCAUGAAUACUAGGGGAACAAGAGAAAUAAUGAAGUUCGCUGAAAGCCUUAAAAAUAUCGAAGUGGUCAUGCACGUUUCGACGACUUAUAGUAAUCCAAAAAGAUCCGUCGUUGAAGAGAAGAUUUAUGACCCAGUCGCAGAUUGGCGUAAGACAAUUGAAAUAUGUGAGAAACUCGACGAAGACGUUCUCAAUUGUUUAACAUUAAAGUAUUCAAACUUUAUGCCAAACACUUAUACAUUCACGAAAAAUCUUGCUGAACAUAUCGUGAAAGAUUAUAAAGAUAAAAUUCCUUUGGUUUUGUUUAGACCAUCGAUUGUUAUAUCAACAAUGAAAGAACCUUUUCCAGGUUGGAUUGACAACUUCAACGGUCCCGUGGGUCUAUUGGUAGGAUCAGGAAUAGGAAUAACUCGAACGAUGUGGUGCAAUCCUGAUAACAUUGCUGAUUUCACUCCAGUUGAUUUAUGUGUCAAAGGAAUGAUAAUUGCAGCAUGGAAACGAGCUCAUGAACCGAAAGAUUUACUGAAAGUUUAUAACUGCGCAUCGUCGGGACAUGUCGAUAUUACCAUGUGUCAAAUAACAGACCUUGGCAAAUGUCUUUCGGCUACAUGUCCCAUGGAUAAGAUGCUUUGGACACCUGGAGGUGAAAUAACUCUUUCCUUUAUGAAGAACUUUAUUCGAACCAUUUUUCUUCAACUGCUGCCUGCGAUGUUCAUUGAUUUAAUGUUCCGGAUUAAAGGACAAAAACCAUUUCUCGUAAAAAUUCAACGAAAAAUUUACGAAGCUAACUUGGCACUUCACUAUUUCGUUUCAAAUGAUUGGACAUUCAAAAACGAACAAUUUUAUUCAUUGACACAACAUUUGAAGCUAGACGACAUGAAUGAUUUUGGAUUUGAAGACUAUUUCCAUCAUGACAUCAUUUUGUACCUUCGCUAUGCUCUCAUUGGAGUUAAAAAAUAUUUGUUGGACGAUUAUGAGUGUGAAUGGACGAAAAAUGCUCCAUCAAUACCUGAAUUUUACGGUGGUCAGGAGAUUUUUGUUACGGGUGGUUCCGGUUUUAUGGGCAAAGUUUUAAUUGAGAAGCUUUUACGUUCAUGUCCCGAUAUUAAAGCAAUUUAUGUUUUAUUACGUCCUAAAAAAGGAAAUUCUAUUGAAAAGCGGUUGAAAUCAAUACUUGAUUUGCCGCUAUUUACGCCUUUGAGAAAAAGGGUGCCGACGGUAUUCGAAAAAUUAAUUCCGAUUGAAGGUGAUGUGACUGAACUUCAACUUGGACUCUCGAACAAUGAUUUGAAGAAAAUGAAAAAUGUUUCAAUUAUUUUUCAUUCAGCAGCGAGUGUACGAUUCGAUGAUAAUUUAAAAUAUGCUGUGCAUAUGAACACUCGAGGUACACGUGAAGUUAUGGAAUUUUCUAAAACUUUGGUGAACAUCAAAGUUGUUAUGCAUGUUUCAACAACUUACAGUCAUCCUGAACUAAAAGUUGUCGGUGAAGAGAUUCACAAGCCGUAUGUUGACUGGAAGAAAACAAUUAAAAUCUGUGAAGAAGUUGAUGAAGAUUUGUUGAAUAUUUUGACACCGAAAUAUAUGAAAUUCUUACCGAACACAUAUACAUUUACAAAAGCUCUUGCUGAACAAGUUGUUGACGAUUACAAGCAUGAACUUCCUUUGGUAUUGUUUAGACCAUCAAUUGUUAUAUCAUCGAUGAAAGAACCUUUUCCAGGUUGGAUCGACAAUUUUAAUGGUCCAGUUGGACUGUUAGUCGGAUCAGGAUUGGGUGUGACAAGGACAAUGUAUUGCAGCCCUGACAACAUUGCAGAUUUCACACCCGUCGAUAUUUGCAUUAAGGCAAUGAUAGUUGCAGCAUGGAAACGUGCACUUGAACCGAGCGGAAGUUUGCCUGUUUAUAAUUGCUCCACUUCAAAUCAAAGAAUUGCUACAAUGGAGCAAAUUAUUGAAAUGGGAAAAGGAAUGCAAGAUGAAUUUCCUUUGGAUAAAAUGCUUUGGGCGCCGGGUGGAGGGUUGACAAAGUGUCGUUAUCUCAAUUAUUUGAAAGUAAUUUUUUUCCAUUUGCUGCCUGCUAUUUUCGUUGAUUUUGCGAUUGGUCUAAAAGGUCAUAAACCAUUCAAAAUGGUGCUCGAGAGUACAAUGAUUUGCUUCGACAACAGUGACUACCAGCGUAAUGGUGAUUACCUACCUACAAGAUUAAAUGCCCAGAAAGAUGGAAUAAAUCUGGUAUGCAUGACUAAAAUCCGUUCUAAUCCCGAGAAUAAUGUUGGUCUUCUUACAUUCGCUGACAAUGUGGAAGUUCUAGCAACACUUACAGGAGAUGUAGGAAGUAUCAUGUCUAAAAUGCACUUGGUUCAACCAAAUGGAAAUGUCAAUCUCAUCACUGGAAUCAGAGUUGCUCAUCUUGUUCUUAAACAUCGUCAAGGAAAGAACCAUAAAAUGCGAAUUGUAUUAUUCAUUGGCUCUCCACUUGAAGCCGAUGAAGCAGAAGUUGUAAAACUCGCGAAAAGAUUGAAAAAAGAAAAAGUAAAUGUUGACAUUGUUAGUUUUGGUGAUCAUCAAAAGAACAACGAUUUGUUGACUGCUUUCAUCAAUGCAUUGAAUGGUAAAGAUGGUACUGGUUCUCAUCUUGUUAGUGUUCCUCGAGGUUCAGCACUUCAAGAAGCUCUCAUCUCAUCGCCAAUCAUUCAAGGUGAAGAUGGCUUGGGAGGAGUUGGUUUAGGUGGAGCAGGUUAUGAAUUUGGAGUUGAUCCGAACGAAGAUCCAGAACUCGCUUUAGCACUUCGUGUGUCGAUGGAGGAACAAAGACAGCGACAAGAGGAAGAACAGCGACGGGCUCAGGCUGCUUCUGCUCAAGAAUCAGAUAUGACUGGUCAAGCACCGCCAGUAACAACUGCUGCUCCAACAUCAGACGAAGCAAUGCUUGAACGCGCUCUUGCUCUCUCAACAGAGACUCCGAGUGACGAAAUUAUGCCAGAUUUUUCAAACAUGACUGAAGAAGAGCAAAUUGCAUUUGCUAUGCAAAUGUCAAUGCAAGAUGCUCAAGAACCAAUUUCACAACAAGCUAAGCGUCCUAAAAAAGAAGAGACUCCAAUGGAUGUGGAUGAAGACUACAAUGAGGUCAUCACCGAUCCCGCAUUCUUGCAAAGUGUUUUAGAAAAUCUUCCUGGUGUUGAUCCACAAUCAGAAGCAAUUCGUGGGGCUGUUGAUUCCCUCAACAAGGAUAAGAAUUCUGAUAAAGAUAAGGAUGCAAAUAAUUUUUUUCGCAUUAAUAAAUCGAUUCAUAAAAUGAAUCGUUUAAUCAGCAGACUUCCGCUUCGAUCAAUGAUGAAGACCGUCAGCAAAAGUCAAGCCCGACUUAUGAGUUCUGCGGGUGUGAAACCCUUAACGACAUUAACUGACGAUGAAUUAGUGAUGAAGCAAACAGUUGCGAAACUGGCUCAAGAACAAAUCGCCCCGCUUGUUAGAAAAAUGGAUGACGACCAUAAAUUCGAUGAUGGAAUCGUGAAACAACUUUUCGAUAACGGAUUAAUGGGAGUUGAAGCUGAUCCAGAAUAUGGCGGAAGUGGAUGUAAUUUUUUAACCAUGAUGUUGGUUUGCGAAGAGCUUAGCAAAGUUGAUCCAGCUGUUGCUGCCCUUGUUGACAUUCACAACACCUUAGUGAUCAAUCUUUUCUCGAGGCUUGGAACAAAAGCUCAAAAGGAAAAAUAUCUUACAAAACUUUGUACGGAAUAUCCUGGCAGUUUUGCUUUGUCAGAACCAUCAUCUGGAAGUGACGCUUUCGCUUUAAAAACCACUGCAAAAAAAGAUGGAAAUCAUUACGUCUUAAAUGGAACAAAAAUGUGGAUCAGUAAUUCAGAUUUGUCGGGUGUUUUUAUUAUCUUUGCAAAUGCCGAUCCUUCAAAAGGAUACAAAGGAAUCACAGCCUUCAUUGUUGAACGUGACCAAGAAGGAUUCGUAGUUGGAAAGAAAGAAAACAAGUUGGGAAUUUGUGCGAGUGGAACUUGCAUGUUGCAUCUUGACAAUGUUCGUGUGCAUGAAGACAACAUUCUUGGGGAAUAUGGCAAAGGAUAUCAGUAUUCAGCAUCUAUCUUGAAUGAAGGUAGAAUUGGAAUCGCAGCACAAAUGGUCGGCUGUGCACAAGGAUCAUUCGAUGCCACAAUGCCUUAUCUUCUGGAACGGAAACAAUUUGGAAGUGACAUUUUUAGCUUCCAAGGCAUGCAAUACCAAGUCGCAGAAGUAGCAACAGAUAUCGAGGCUGCUCGAUUGAUGUACUACAAUGCAGCUCGUAUGCAAGAAUGCGGCAUGCCAUUUACAAAGGAAGCUGCCAUGUGCAAAUAUUUUGCAUCUGAAAUGGCACAACGUGUGACUGUGAAAUGUGUUGACUGGAUGGGUGGUGUUGGAUUCACCAAAGAUUUUCCACAAGAGAAAUUCUAUCGUGAUUAUUCAAUGAUGAACUACUUAAGAAAACUGCCAGUCACUAAUUUUAUCAGUGCAGUCACUAAAGUAAGAAAUUAUUCAGCUGUCAAGCCGCUUACAACAUUGACUGAUGAUGAACUUGCAAUGAAAGAAACUGUUGCCAAAUUUGCUCAAGAACAAAUCGCACCGCUUGUGAGAGAAAUGGAAGCAAAUGGAAAACUCGAUGAUCGUUUGUUAAAAGGUCUUUUUGACAAUGGCUUAAUGGGUAUCGAGAUACCAGAAGAAUAUGGUGGGACUGGUUCUAAUUUUAUGACUUCGGUGUUGGCAGUCGAGGAAAUAUCCAAAGUUGACCCUGCUGUGUCUGUGUUGGUUGACAUUCAAAAUACUUUGAUCAAUAGUUUGAUUAACAGACUUGGGACGAAGGAACAGAAGGAGAAAUACUUAACCAAAUUGGCGACAGAAUCAGCUGGAAGUUUUGCUUUAUCAGAACCGACAUCUGGUUCUGAUGCUUUCGCUUUGAAAACGAUAGCAAGAAAAGAAGGAUCGAAUUAUAUUUUGAAUGGUACAAAGAUGUGGAUUAGUAAUUCAGAUAUUGCAGAUAUUUUCCUUGUAAUGGCGAAUGCUGAUCCAUCGAAAGGUUAUCGUGGAAUCACAACUUUUAUUCUUGAACGUGGAAUGGAAGGAUUUUCAGUAGGAAAGAAGGAAAGCAAGUUGGGAAUAUGUGCAAGUGGAACUUGCAUGUUGCAUCUUGAUAACGUGAAAGUUCCUGAAGAAAAUAUCCUUGGGGAGUUAGGAAAAGGCUAUCAAUAUGCAGCUGGAUUUUUAAAUGAAGGAAGAAUUGGAAUUGGCGCUCAAAUGAUUGGCCUGGCUCAAGGAUGUUUCGACGCUACAAUUCCUUAUCUCUUAGAACGAAAGCAAUUUGGAAGUGAUAUUUUCAGUUUUCAAGGCAUGCAAUACCAAAUCGCUGAAACAGCAACACUCAUUGAAGCUGCUCGUUUAAUGACCUAUAAUGCUGCUCGUCUUCAAGAAGCUGGUCUUCCUUUCCUUAAAGAAGCUGCAAUGUGUAAAGUGUUUUCAUCUCAAAUGGCACAAAAAGUGACAAUAAAUUGUAUUGAUUGGAUGGGAGGUGUAGGAUUCACUAAAGACUUUCCACAAGAAAAAUUCUAUCGUGAUUGCAAAAUCGGUUCGAUCUAUGAAGGAACGUCAAACAUUCAGUUGAGCACAAUCGCCAAAAUAUUAAGAAAGGAAUAUCAAUCAUAAUAAUUUUCCUGAUUUUUAUUAACAUGAUGAUGGCUUUACAAUCAAAAUAAAUUGUUGAAAGAUCUUUUAAAA